UUUUUAAGCCGGCCUUAAAGCAUCCUGGAUUAUUGCUUCUAGAAGAUUAAAUCACCCUUGACAGCUUCCAAGUUUAAGCUGCAAAGGAUGAUACUCUGCGGAUGCGCAGCUAUCAUAACAUGGCAAGCGCAGUUAGGGGCGGGACUGUUCUUGUGUGCCAUUUGUGGCUGCUAAUAUUUUCAGAUUUUGAAACAUCUCCUCCUCCUUUCUGAAAUAUAAGAGCCCUUCAUGGUCCUCCUACAUGCUCUGUGUUUAACUCCCAACACAGACAGUAUAUGACAAAAUAGCAAGAGACCCAGCUGUUUGAGGUCUAAAGGAAACGGAGUAAUCUUCUUGGCUGCCUACUGCAGAGCUAAGGAAUCCCAUAGUAGACAAAACAGAUCUGGCAGGCUAUGCUUGUUUCUCUUGGAUCCCUUUCUCUGAAAAUCUACAAUCUUUCCUCAUCCUGUCCAAGCAUCAGAAGAAGCAACUGGUAGAAAAAUAUGUAUCAAGAAGAAUUGAAAAUGGCAAGUGAUCAGUCUGCUUGCUAUCACUGCAUGGCCUCCCUUUGUGGAAAGAGAUACACGACGAAAGAAGACAAUGCUUACUGUGUGAAGUGCUACGACAGCCUUUUUGCUAACAUCUGUGAAGAAUGCAAGAAGCCCAUUGAAUGUGACUUCAAGGAUCUUGCUUACAAAGGCUGCCACUGGCAUGAAUCCUGCUUCAAGUGUGCCAAGUGCCACCAGUCUUUGGUAGAAAAGCCUUUCGCUGCCAAAGAUGAGCUCCUGCUGUGUACAGAGUGUUAUUCUAAUGAGUAUUCAUCAAAGUGCUUCCACUGCAAGAGGACCAUUAUGCCUGGUUCUCGCAAAAUGGAGUUUAAAGGAAGUUGUUGGCACGAAGCUUGCUUUGUUUGCCAACACUGUCGGCAACCGCUAGGGACAAAGCCUUUGAUUACCAAGGACAACGACAAUUAUUGCGUGCCUUGUUUUGAGAAGCAAUUUGCUCAGUGUUGUUACUCCUGCAAAAAGGUGAUAACUUCUGGUGGUGUGACCUAUCAUGACCAGCCGUGGCACAAAGAAUGCUUUCUGUGUACUGGAUGUGAGAAGCAGCUGGCAGGGCAGCGGUUCAUUUCCAAAGAUGAACACCCCUACUGCCUUGAGUGCUUCAGCAGGCGCUAUGCAAAGAAGUGUGUGUCCUGCACCAAGCCUAUUACAGCUCUCGGCGAAGCCAAAUUUAUCUCAUUUGAGGAUCGCCAGUGGCACAGUGACUGCUUUAAGUGUGGGAAAUGUUCCAGCUCACUGGUGGGAAAGGGAUUCCUAACCCAGCAGGAUGAGAUCCUCUGCUGCAAGUGCGGGAGCACCGCAUAGCUCAAAAAGACCUGAAAGUAAACCUUGUUAAUUUCCGCGCGCUUUAAGUAUCACAUGCAUAAUUGCUCAGUGGUCAAAAAUCUGUCUAACAAGCAUAAUUAUUGUUCAGUUGUUCAAAUUGCUUCCUGAGAGCAUUUCUGACGCAGCUGGCAGACGUCCCUUUCAUCCUGUAUAACCACUUUAAAUAACAGGGUUUCUGCUAGGAAACAGUUAUAAAGACAUAUUAACCUGAAAGCAUGAGUUUGGUUGUUUAACUGGUUGGUUGGUUGUUUGUUUGGAUGGAUGGUUCCUUGUAGUAGAGUGCUCUCUACUGUUGGGAGUGCAAGAGCUUGCAACACAGAUGAAUACUGUGCUCAAAUUCUAAUAAAAGGAACAUAACAAGACAGCUCCGUUGAAGAAACACCAAAAUGAGACUUUUCCGACAGCACAGUGUUUAUCACUGUUUGUGACCCUUUCUAUGCAUAUGUAGGUCAACAAUGAAGGAUGCUGUCAAACAGCAACAAAGUUGUGUAAGGAAAGUAAUGGGGAUGUUCUCUUUUAUUUUGCUGCUCCUAGAGGUGCUUUUCCAUCUUACAUUACAAAAAUUAGUGCUGCACUAAACAUGACAUUGGCACUCCUGGUGUUUUGCAAUCUGUGUUCAAAAAGUCACAUUGGCUGCCUUGAUUUGGAUGAGAAAUGUAUGGAGAUUUAACCAUUCUCCCCAUGCUGAUUCCUUAACACAGAUCUUGUGGGUACCCAUAUGGAGUACGGGAAUUUUGCUGUCAGAGGCAAAGAACAAGAUGGCACCUCUCUUCCCAUUCCAUGUGAAGAAAUCACCUAAUUGGACUGGCCAAUACAUCUUACUUCAACACUGCUGACAUGAUAAUGACCACCAGCAUCAGCCUAGUUUAGGGGAACCAGAGCAUACACAGCUCUGUCCUCCAACAGAGAAGAAUAGCAGUCUAGGAAGGACAACCAAGUGGAUGUCACAGCUGCUCCCAUGUACACUUGCCUAAGAGUAGGGCCGGCCCUGGCAGCUGAAGUAGAAGCAGGUCUCUCUACGUGUUUCUCAGUAUGAAGCACCGAAAGGUCUCUGCUUUCCAUAAAUGGCAACACAUUAGACAUGUGGGUUUGAAGGGAAGGGAGUUGGAGAAAGCAUUAUAGUACUGUACCCUCCUAUGCAGAGCCCGAUUCACAGCCUACUCUCAGCAUGCUGAAGGCCUGGUUUGUAUGCCCUUUCUACAACAGGGUGGAAGCCAUGUGGAAGCACCCUAGGUCUUUUGCUUCAGUUGGUAUUGCAGAUAUUGAUACAGUGCAGCAUGAAGCAACUGGAUGCAUAAAAACGGAUUCCUUUUGGAAUAAAACAUUGUCCAGACCCAUUAGAUAUUAUCCAUAGCUUUACUUGCAAAACUCCUUCAAGCGAGCUGUGCCUGCAAGGUUUGUUUGUGCCAGCAUUGGCAUCCUUGUGUCCCUGGAGGUGGAGGUGAUGCCAGUUCUAAUUCAGCUUCCAAUUUACUCUCAGUUGCCUCCCUCAAAGGAAGAAGCUCCUCCCUGGCAGGAACAGGCAGCUCCCCAGCACCAGGUAUUGGGGCGACUAGGGGUGUUGGAUGUCACUGGGGUGGCACACUCCACUGCCAACCCAGUUUGCCCCACCGCUGGAUCUAGCUCUCUAGUCCUGGGCUUGGACAUUUCUUGGGGUCCCAAUUUCACCUUCCCUAUCCUGCUAGUACCUUCCUCGGGGUCAUCCAGCUCCAACUCCCUAAGCUCUUCCCAUUGCUCCUCAGGAUCCAACCAUCCCAUCUGUCCACAGGCCUCAUGCCAGUCACUGCCAAUCAGUGUUGACAACACCGAGAUGGAUAGACUAAUAAUAUGACUCAGUAUAACACUGCUUUCAAUGCUCCUGUGUUCCUAACUGAGAGCAUGAUGUGCUGCCAUCAAAAGGUCAAGGUUGCUCAGCCCACUCAUAGGACCAGCAUUAUUAUUUUUAGCUGUAUGUAGCAGAAUUCCAGCUCCAUCAAUAGUGCUACUUCUUCCCCUUUGCCGCUUCCAAAGCCACCAAGCUCUGCAUUCUCCCCCACUUGCUUUCUCCUUCCUGCUUUUCAUUUCUCUUACAUUCUGCACCUUCCUCUUUACAAGGCUAAAGUUGUCAAAAAUAGAACUAGGUUGCGAGGCCUAAAAAUAAAAAUCACGAAUAGAGGCGCAUAUGUGCAAGGAUUUUUCAGAAAUGAAUGCUCCAGUAAAUGCCAGGUGGUUUGAAAGAUCUUAAAAUAAAAAUUAGAGCUAACC